AUGGGCUCCUGUCCCGUUGCUCCAGGUAGGGGUGUCCAAGGGGACCUGGACACCCCAGGUAGGGGGACCAAUGGCUGGCUCUCAGCAACGCCGCGGAACCUGCUGGACAUGGACACCUUCUCCAAGUCGGACCCGGUGGUCGUCCUGUUCGUGCAGGGCGCCGGCAGCAGCGAGUGGAAGGAGUUUGGGCGCACCGAGGUGAUCGACAACACCUUGAACCCCGACUUCGUGCGCAAGUUCGUGCUCGAUUACUACUUCGAGGAGAAGCAGAACCUGCGCUUUGAUGUCUACAACGUGGACUCCAAGAGCUGCAGCAUCUACAAGCAGAAGGACUUCCUGGGACAGGCGUUUGUGGCGCUGGGCGAGGUGAUCGGCUCCCAGCGGGGCCGCCUGGAACGAGCCCUCACGGGCGUCCCGGGGAAGCGCUGCGGCACCAUCCUGCUGCUGGCCGAGGAGCUCAGCAACUGCCGGGACAUCGUCACGAUGCAGCUGUGCGCCAACAAGCUGGACAAGAAGGACUUCUUUGGCAAAUCGGACCCCUUCCUCGUCUUCUACCGCAGCAACGAGGACGGCACCUUCACCAUCUGCCACAAGACGGAGGUGGUGAAGAACACGCUCAACCCCGUGUGGCAGCCCUUCACCAUCCCCGUGCGCGCCCUCUGCAACGGCGACUACGACAGGACGGUGAAGAUAGACGUGUACGACUGGGACCGGGACGGCAGCCACGACUUCAUCGGCGAGUUCGCCACGAGCUACCGGGAGCUGUCGCGGGCGCAGAGCCAGUUCACGGUGUACGAGGUAGGAGCGGGGCGGCGGGCGGGCGGCGGGGUCACGCUGCUCUCCUUCUCCGUGGAGUCCGAGUUCACCUUCGUGGACUACAUCCGCGGAGGGACGCAGCUGAACUUCACCGUGGCCAUCGACUUCACAGCGUCCAACGGGCUGCCGUCGCAGCCCACCUCGCUGCACUACGCGAGCCCCUACCAGCUGAGCGCCUACGCGCUGGCGCUCAAGGCCGUCGGCGAGAUCAUCCAGGACUACGACAGCGACAAGCUCUUCCCCGCCUACGGCUUCGGCGCCAAGCUCCCGCCCGACGGCAAGAUCUCCCACCAGUUCCCCCUGAACAACAACGCCGAGAACCCCAGCUGCGCCGGCAUCGACGGCGUCCUCGAGUGCUACCUGCAGAGCCUGCGCACCGUGCAGCUCUACGGGCCCACCAACUUCGCGCCCGUCAUCAACCAGGUGGCCGGCGCGGCCGCCCAGGUCACCGACGGCUCCCAGUACCACGUGCUCCUCAUCAUCACCGACGGCGUCAUCUCCGACAUGCUGCAGACCAAGGAGGCCAUCGUGAGCGCUUCCGCCCUGCCCAUGUCCAUCAUCAUCGUGGGAGUGGGACCGGCUGAGUUUGAGGCCAUGGAGGAGCUGGACGGCGACGAGGUGCGGGUGUCGUCGCGGGGCCGCUACGCCGAGCGGGACAUCGUGCAGUUCGUGCCCUUCCGGGACUACGUGGACCGCUCCGGGAACCAGGUGCUGAGCAUGGCCCGCCUGGCCAAGGACGUGCUGGCCGAGAUCCCCGAGCAGCUCCUCUCCUACAUGAAGACGCGGGACAUCAAGCCCCGCCGGGCGCAGACCCAGUAGCGCCGUCCCCACCGG